AAUUGAUCACUCCUCAUUUCUUGCGUUAUUGUAAUUUUUAUUGUCAAACAGCAUCCUCCAUUUGAUCGAUCGUCUCGCAGGCACCUGUUGAGCGAUUCUACCAGUGUGCGUGUGUCAUUCUAGCUUCCAGUGUGCAUUCAACAACCCGUGUUUCCGCUCGGCUGGUCCCUUCAAUCGCUUGCUCCCUUGCGUUGAAUCAACGAGCGUUUUCUUUUUGUCCUUUUCUUUUUUUCUUGAGGUUUCACGUCUUGGCUUCUUGGGUCUUGCAUUCUCCGCCAAGGCCAACGAGUCGAACGCAAAACCGCAUCUUCAUCCUUGCUCCUGCUUAGGCACACCUCGCUCCGGUUGACAACUCGACGAAUGCUGUCUCGGCAGAAGGCUCGCGUGCCAUCUCUGGCGGGACUGCCCUUCAUGAUGGCCGCUGUCGUCCUAUUUCUCGCUGCUGUCGUUGCCAUGUCGGUUGACGCUGCCCAGAUGGCCAAAACGACCUCUGUGGUGAACGGCAAAACGGUUUCGUACAGCUUUCGCGUGACCAACGGAUUCUUUGAGGAGUUUGUCGGCGUCGGCGCUCCUGGGUCGACGGACGGCUGGAUUACCUUUGGCUUUGUUGCCGGCAUGAACUUGGGUGCGACCAAGCCUGGAUACGACCCCGGUGAACUCCCGCUGACCAAGGGCGAGUACAUUCGCGCGUUCAAGUACAUGCAGAGCGUCUACUCGAACGUGGUUCGUGUGUACACCGUCCUGACCCCCGAGUUUUACGAGGCUGUUGCCGAGUUCAAUGCUGGCACCACAGACCCCAUCUAUGUUCUGCACGGCAUCUGGACGCCCGAAGAAGAACUGAUUGGUGACGACAACAACGGCCGCAACGCCUACGACGCCGACAUCAAGGAAAUCAUGGAAACCAACAUUCGGAAUGUCCUCUCCGCCGUGUACGGACGCGGCGAUGAAAUCACCUACGCCUUCCACAAGUCGGGCACCUACAGCACUGACAUUUCUCAGUGGGUUGUUGGAUGGCUGAUGGGCACAGAGUGGUACCCGUUCGCCGUCAAUGUGACCAAUGUUUUGAACGCUGGCCUCGCGCCGUACCAGGGCACCUUUGUCGCGUGCACUGCGGCUGCAUCGCCGUUUGAAAGCUGGGUUGGCAUGAUGCUGGACCUUCUCCUCAAGUUGGACCACGGCUACGGAAUGCUUCACCCGGCCUCCUUUGUGAACUGGGUCACGACCGAUCCCCUCGUCCACCCGUCCGAGCCAGGCCCGCCCAUCUCUCAGGAAGACUGGCAGACUGUGGACGCGCUGCACAUCAUUGUCAGCUCUGGCUGGACGGCCGGCUCGUUUAUCAACUUCCACGCCUACCCUUACUACCCGGAAUACAUGAACUUUAUCGAUCCUCGCGACAACAUUCCGUGGAUUCCGAACGUCGACCAAGCCGACCCGUACAUUGGCUAUCUUCUCCGCCUUCGCGCGUACUUCCCCGGCCAAGCUCUGAUCAUUACUGAAGUGGGUCUUCCAACCUCCAUCGGCAACUCGCACUUUGGCUACAAGGGUCGCAACCACGGCUCCAUGACGGAAGUCCAGCAAGGCCAGUUCAUGGCAAGCAUCAUCCAGAUUCUCCAGCAGGUCAACAUCCAGGGCAUCUGCCUCUUCCAGCUCAUUGACGAGUGGUUCAAGAAGAACUGGAACACGCUCAAGGUCGACGUCAACCGCAAGGUGUGGCACAACCACAUGAGUUCCGAACAAUUCUACGGCCUGAUUGCCGCCGAGGUCCCGCAAACCAUCACUGUCGACGGCCUGGCAAACGACUGGCCAACCACCAUGCCAAACUACCUGGCUGCCACUGCCCUCAGCACUGGCCUGCGCCGCAUGCAUAUGCGAUCGGACGCCUCCUUCUUGUACAUUAUGGUUGAGCGCAACGGCAACUGGCUGCCCACCGACGAGCUCUGGGUUGCGUUUGACACUGUCGCCUCCCAAGGCUCCUUCUCGAUCAACGCCCAGGACGACAACACGCUGUACGACAUUCCCGUCGAGUACGCCUUCUCGUUCACUGGAAACGCAGUCAACAUGUACCUGAACGGCUACUUUGACCUCUACCUCCGUGGUCCUGGUGAGUGGGUGGGCGCCAUCGAAGACGCGACCACUCUGUACGAUUCCCGCCGCGGCCUGUUUUCCAAGUGGACGCAAAUCACGAAAAACCCGGCAGAGUACAUCAUGCCCGACGGUAGCUCCAUCGACACGCCGCCCGAGGUCUUUAUUGGCGGCGAAAUGAUUCGUGGCACGACAGACUUCACCGACCCGUACUUUAACAACAUGGCCACCUGGCAGUCCAAUGGCAGCAUUUUUGAGAUUCGCGUCCCGUGGAUGAUGCUUGGCUUUUCCGACCCCAGCACUCGCCAGGUCUACACACUCACCGGCUCUGCCCGCACUCUGGGGUACAACUUUGAGACGUCUCCGGGCGUUGGCUUCCAAACCGUGUUCAACCAUGCCAAGGACGACAAAAAGUUCUUCGACAUGCCGACAUGGACGUUGCCUUGCUUUUGCGAGCGCGUCAAAAAGUCUGCCGUGAUUGUCGCUCAAGCCUUCAAAGCGAGCCGCAACCUUGGCGACAGCCCGAUUUACGGACUGGACGGUCUUGUUCAAGAGUACUGCGAGUGCCCGACCGAGACGAGCAAUCUUCUCGGCGACGUGCUUUCCAACCUGCUGCUCGGCUCCAUCUUGUUUGUCACGGGCAUGCUGGCGAUUGUCGGCGUCAUUCGCCCUGUCGUCUCGCGCAUCAUGUACUGCUACACCUACCGCAAGUCGCGCACCGAUCGCAGCAUUGGCGUCCUGCAAGGUCUUGCGGUCGCUCUGCUGGCCUGCAUCCUCAUCACCGUGUAUGUCGUGUCUGUCUCCACGGGCAAGGACAUGUUCCAGGUUGUCAAGGACUUUUCCAACACGGUCGAUGGCAACGGAUCAAACUCGGGCACCAUGGAAGACCAAAUCUUCCAAUUUGUCUUCUACAUGCUCUUGCUCAACUACGAUGCCAUCCUGCUCUUGUGUCUUGCUCUCUUCAUUCGUUGGCCAAAGCCCGCUCCGGUGCCUGCCGCAGAUGCCGGAACAGCCGCCAUGCUCGCCGCAACUUGCCCUCCGAUCAAGGGAACUGCUGCUGUCGUCGUUCCGAUCGCGUCCACCAAAGAUCAGGACACGGCUGCUACUGCUGCUGCUGCUGCUGGCGACAAGCCCAAGGUUGGCCGCCAUGCCUUCAUCAUCUCUUGCCACAACAGCUCGGCCAAAAUCCGCAACACCAUCAUCAACAUUAUGAAGCGAUCGGAGCCGUGGCAAAUCUUUGUUGCUGACAACGGCUCCUCGGAAAAGGAGCGAAUUGCCACCGAAGAAGAGUGCAAGGCGUUGUCGGCCGUGUACAGCAAGUCGCAUCCAAACUACCGCGGACGCGGCGUCAACUUUGGCACGCUCACGGAAGGCUCCAAGACUGUCGCGCAGUUUGCCUCGGUCUUCAACUUGCGCAACUACCCGACUCAGAUUGACUUUGUGACGCUCAUCGACGACGACACGAUUGUGCCAGACAACUGGACUGAAGCCGAGGUCGUUGGCUACUUUGAUCGAAACGAGCACGUCAAGUGCCUGGCCUACCCUCUGCAUGCACGCAACACCGUCCACACCCUUGCGUACUUCCAAGACCUCGAGUACUUGCUUGCCGGCUACAUGAAGGUGGUGCAAGCCCGCCUCGGCACUGCCCUGUUCGCGUCGGGUGCGUUCAACACUUGGCGCACAGAGUACAUUACCGACAUCUUGUUCCGACACGACACGAUGCAUCACGGCGACGACUUGCAGCAAGGUCUGCUUUUGCACUCGCUGGCCAAGCGGCCGUGGAUUCUGGACGAGUCGCGCAAGCAUGAAGCUGGCUACAAGGUCGACACUGCCGCCACGAUUGUCGUUGGCACGGAUGUGCCGCUGUGCUGGUUCCACUCGCGAGACAUUGUGCCAUCGUUCAUGCAUCGGUGGUACAAGCCCCCGUCGUGUGACUGCGGUGAGCCGUCGCUCUUUUUGCAGCGCGGCAAGGGCUGGGAGGUCUCGCGUCAGCGCUUUUUGUGGAAGUACCUGAAGAUGAUUUUCACCCUGCGCGCAAUCACCUGCUGGACUGGCUUCUGGGCGCGUGUGGUCGCGCUGUACGACGUUGCCCUCAUCUUGAACGACUGGAUUCUCUUCUUGUACGGCAUUGUCAUUCUCGUCAUGAGCGCCAACCCGCUCUUCUUGGUCAAGGCCAUGAUUGUCGCCUGGGCAGUCCAGACGUUUGUCUACUUUAUCUUUGGCUGGCUCGUCCUGACCCCGGCACAGCACCCCAUCUCGCCCGAGGUCAAAGUGCUCUUCCCCGUCAUUUACAAGCUGCCCGUGUUGUUUGGCAUUCGCAUCUACGGCAUGCUGUACAACAUCUUUUACUACUUGCCGUUUGUCCGCAACAAGACCAAGGUUCGCGCGCGCUUCAACCGUCAGACCAGCUUCCGCGGCAAGAUUGAGGGCGCCUUCAACGCCAAGGAGGAGGAAGCCAAGGCGGGCGCCAACGGCUCGCCUUCUGCCCGCGCUCUGCUGUCGGCCGACUCGGCAGACGAGCAGGACAUGGACAACAUUGCCAAGCUGCUGCAGGGUGAGAAUGUUGAUGCAUUCGACCUCAGCGAGCACGUUGCGCAGCUGCGUCGCCGUGCUACCAACCUCGAUCGCGAGCUUCGCAACGCUGUCAUGCUGUAUGCCCAGAUGCGCGGCGACAAGCCUCGCUCUGGCAUGAUGCGCCAGCUCUCCUCGCAGCUGGCCGAGCAAGAGGAAGAGGCCCAGCAGCAACAUCAGGCAGACGCAGGUUCGCUCGCUGCAGGUGCCGAUGACGCUGCUGCAGGCGUUGGCGCUAGCGCUGGUGCCAUCUUCUUGGAGCAGCACCGUCAACGUCAGCGACAGGCCCUGACUACAGGUCGUCGUGCAAGCAACUUUGUCAAGUCUCUGUUCAACGCUUCUGUUCGCCCUGGAGGAGCCGCUGCCGCCGGCGGGCAUCCGCCCCACUCGCCAAGCUCGCCGUCUGCCAGCACCCGUCAGCUGCAGACAGAACUGAGCGACAACUCGGCGCUUUCCGUCGCGCCAAGCUACGAAGAGCUGCCGCCCGGCGAUUCGGCAAACCCACGUCCGGCACCACGCCGAAAGACCUCUCGUCCAGUCCUGCGUGCCGUGCUGAGCAAGCCUGCCGCCGGUGGAGCUGCUGGCAAGGGCUCGGACGAGCAACGUCGCUCCUUGGAGCGCUACAUUGCCGAGCGCAAGGAAAUCAUCCAAGCCGAGACGGCCGCCGAGCUGAACAAUUGCAAGACCGACCAGGAGCGCGAGCGCGUCUUCAACGAUGCCGCCGAACGGGUUGCCAAGCUGGAGCGCGAUGGCGCGCUGUCUCUCAAGCUGGUCACCUCGCACGGUCGCAAGUCUUCCAUCCAGUCUUUGUAUUCGGCAGACUUGUACGGCAUGGUCGCCAAGUACAACGAGCAGAAGGACGCCCUGAUUGCGCAAGGCAUUGUCACCCCAAGCCUGCCUGCCACCGCCGCCGAGCCUGGCUUUGCCAAUGCCCCUCAUCGCACGGCCCCGCAGCCCUAUCCUCGCCCUCCCAUUGCUGCCCCAUCUCUGCCCGGCCCGCCUCCGAUUCAUGCCAUCGCCCCGCCGCGUCCCGCGGGCCCCGUGCCAAAACAUGUCCCGGCCCCGCCGCCCCCGCCGCCAUUCUUGGACCGCGCAGACUCCUCUGACACUGAUACAGAGGUGUAAAAAGUGCGCCAUGAUUUUUUUCGUUCUGUACUGCGUUCGUUGUGCGUUUAUCCGCUUUUGUUUGUAUUUUAUGUUGUUGUGGCUUGUUGUUUGCGUGUUUGAGUGACCGCAUGCUGUUGCUGCUUGUUGAUGUCAGUGUACUUGUACUUGUAGACUACUGUUUUGAAUUCAUUUUUAUUUUAUACAUAAACUGG